AUGUUGAACAAAUCAAGAUCAAGAUUGCCUCCUCAAUUAUUAAUUACUCCAAAAUAUGAUGAAAACCUUGUAAUUUGUAAAACCCAAGAGGAUACUAUUAAGGAACAUAGAAGAAAUACAAGUUACUAAUAAAGAACUAGUUAGUAGAAAUAUAAUUUUCAGUUGUGCCAUUAAAUUGGAAAAGGAUAAUUCAGUAAAGUUAUGCUUGUCAAGUAAAAAUUAACAAUAUGUACAACUAGAAAUGCAGGUGUUUAAUACGCUUUAAAGAUGAUUGACAAAAAGUUGAUCCAAAAGUACAAUAUUGCUUAAUAAGUGUAAAGAGAAAUAGACAUUUAAUCAUCAAUAAAACAUCCAAAUAUAGUUAAAAUGUUUGGUAAUUUUCAAGACAAUGAAUAUGUCUAUCUAAUAACUGAAUAUUGUGAAAAAGGAAAUUUGUACUAAAAAUAAUUCUCUAAGGAAGAUAUAAAAUAAAUAAUUAAACAAAUUUUACUUGGAAUCAAAUAUCUUCAUUCUAUGGGUAUUAUGCAUAGAGAUAUAAAACCAGAGAAUAUCUAUUUAACUUCAGAUGACAAAAUUAAAAUAGGAGACUUUGGCUUUUCUAAUUAUAAAGGCAGAAGAAAGACUUUUUGUGGUACUCCUGAGUAUAUGCCACCUGAAAUUGUACAAUCUUAGGCAAAUAAGAAUUAUUAUCAUGGAUAUGAUGAAAGAGUAGAUAUAUGGGCUAUAGGAAUCUUAUUAUUUGAAUUGUGUAAUGACACAGUUCCUUUUAGAGAUAUUGAUCGAAAUAGAUAGUAAGAUAGGAUUUGUAGAGAAAAUAUACAAUUCAAAGAGGAUUAAGAUUCAAAUCUUAUAGAUUUUAUAUAAAAAUGUUUGAAAAAAGAUCCUAAUUAAAGGGCUGCAAUAUAAGAAUUACUGCUACAUCCCUACUUAUAAAUUUGA